AUGGCAGUCAUGCAGGACACAAGAAUGGGAAGUACAUCAACAUCAAGACCAACAUCUACAGCAACAGUAUGUUCUACAUACCCCUGCAAAAACGGCGGAAAAUGCAAGGAGACUGAUAAUAAAAGAAGAAGACGAAGUAAAGACAGCUUGAUUCCGGGGCUGAUUGCCGCUUUCUCACAACUGAAGGGGAAUUCGGGUUCCACAGAAAACAGUGGUUAUACGUGUGAAUGUCCUACUGGCUUCGGUGGCAACAACUGUGAAAAGAGACAGUGCUAUAGAUCCCGAUGUCAAAAUGGUGGUAAAUGUGAAAACACUGCGGACGGAUACAAGUGUUCUUGUCCAACUGGCUUUACUGGAAGAAAAUGUGAAAUAAACAUUAACGAUUGUGAUCUGAACCCAUGCGGCGGUAAAGGAAGAUGCUUAGACGGUGUUAAUAAGUAUGUUUGUCUUUGUAACCUUGGAUUCACUGGGAUACACUGCCAAACAAACAUUAACGAGUGUGCAUCGAACCCGUGUAAGCAUGGCACUUGCCGCGACUUAGAGGCUUCAUACGCAUGUCAUUGUGAUCAUGGGUUCACCGGUGUCCAAUGUGAAACGAAUAUAGACGAGUGUGCUUCCCAACCUUGCAAAAAUGGCGGCAGAUGUGUCGAUGAAGUCAAUGGAUUCCAAUGUACCUGUCCAGCUGGGUUCACCGGCGUCCAAUGUGAAAAGAAUAUAGACGAGUGUGCCUCCCAACCUUGUAAAAAUGGUGCUGUUUGCACAGAUAAAAACAAUGGGUUCGUUUGUUCCUGCAUAUCGGGAUUUUCCGGUUUAACUUGCAAUGUGAACGUAAAUGAAUGUUCUUCGAACCCAUGUCUCAGAGGACUUUGCAUAGAUGCAGUGAAUAGAUACACGUGCAUCUGUCCGGCUGGCUUCACUGGCAAACGUUGUGAAACAAACAUCGACGAGUGCGCCUCUGGUCCUUGCAAAAAUGGUGGUGGAUGUGUCGACAGAGUCAAUGGAUUUCAGUGUACCUGCCCAGCUGGGUUUACAGGUGUCCAAUGUGAAACGAAUGUAAACGAAUGUGCCUCUCAACCUUGUACAAAUGGAGGCUUCUGUACCGAUAAAGUCAACGAAUUCAAAUGUAAUUGUGUGGCGGGGUUUAGGGGUUUGACGUGUGAGAUAGACAUAGACGAAUGCUCUUCUACUCCUUGUAAGAACGGCGGUAAGUGCAAUGACGCUGUAAAUGGCUACAGUUGUACUUGCCGUGGUGGAUGGACCGGUCCGUUAUGUGAGUUUGCCAUUGAUGAGUGCGCAUCUAUCCCGUGUCAACACAACGGUUUAUGUAAAGACGAGAUCAACGGCUAUACGUGUACCUGCCAAAGAGGAUAUACUGGCCAUAACUGCCAAUUUAACAUAGAUGAAUGCAAAUCGUCACCUUGUCAAAAUGGUGGUACAUGUAGAGACGCCGUCAACAAAUAUAGCUGUACAUGUUUGCGUGGAUUUGCCGGUCUUACAUGCCAAACCAAUAUAGACGAAUGUGCAUCUAACCCUUGCAUGAAUGGUGCAACAUGCAUUGAUGGUGUGAAUGAAUACACGUGUGCCUGCAAACCUGGUUUUACCGACCGUACAUGCCAAACCAAUAUAGACGAAUGUGCAUCUAACCCUUGCAUGAAUGGUGCAACAUGUAUUGAUGGUGUGAAUGAAUUUAUAUGUGCAUGCAAACCUGGAUUUGCCGGUCUUACAUGCCAAACCAAUAUAGACGAAUGUGCGUCUAACCCUUGCAUGAAUGGUGCAACGUGUAUUGAUGGUGUGAAUGAAUUUAUAUGUGCAUGCAAACCUGGAUUUGCCGGUCUUACAUGCCAAACCAAUAUAGACGAAUGUGCAUCUAACCCUUGCAUGAAUGGUGCAACGUGUAUUGAUGGUGUGAAUGAAUUUACAUGUGCAUGCAAACCUGGAUUUGCCGGUCUUACAUGCCAAACCAAUAUAGACGAAUGUGCAUCUAACCCUUGCAUGAAUGGUGCAACAUGUAUUGAUGGUGUGAAUGAAUUUACAUGUGCAUGCAAACCUGGAUUUGCCGGUCUUACAUGCCAAACCAAUAUAGACGAAUGUGCGUCUAACCCUUGCAUGAAUGGUGCAACGUGUAUUGAUGGUGUGAAUGAAUUUAUAUGUGCAUGCAAACCUGGAUUUGCCGGUCUUACAUGCCAAACCAAUAUAGACGAAUGUGCAUCUAACCCUUGCAUGAAUGGUGCAACAUGUAUUGAUGGUGUGAAUGAAUUUAUAUGUGCAUGCAAACCUGGAUUUGCCGGUCUUACAUGCCAAACCAAUAUAGACGAAUGUGCGUCUAACCCUUGCAUGAAUGGUGCAACGUGUAUUGAUGGUGUGAAUGAAUUUAUAUGUGCAUGCAAACCUGGAUUUGCCGGUCUUACAUGCCAAACCAAUAUAGACGAAUGUGCAUCUAACCCUUGCAUGAAUGGUGCAACGUGUAUUGAUGGUGUGAAUGAAUUUACAUGUGCAUGCAAACCUGGAUUUGCCGGUAUUACAUGCCAAACCAAUGUAGAUGAAUGUGCAUCUAACCCUUGCAUGAAUGGUGCAAUGUGUAUUGAUGGUGUGAAUGAAUACACGUGUGCCUGCAAACCUGGUUUUACGGUCCGUACAUGCAAAACCAAUAUCGAUGAAUGUGCAUCUAAUCCUUGCAAGAAUGAUGCAACGUGUAUUGAUGGUGUGAAUGAAUACACAUGUUCAUGCAAACCUGGUUUUAUCGACCCAAUAUGUGGAACCAAUGUCGAUGAAUGUGCAUCUAACCCUUGCAUGAAUGGUGCAACAUGCAUUGAUGGUGUGAAUGGAUUCACAUGUGCAUGCAAACCUGGAUUUGCCGACCGUACAUGCAAAACCAAUGUAAACGAAUGUGCGUCUAAUCCUUGUCAAAACGGAGCAGCAUGUGUAGAUGGCGUUAACGGGUAUAACUGUGUAUGUCCGGAAGGGUAUACUGGUUCUUUGUGUGAAAUCGAUAUAAACGAAUGCGCAUCCAACCCAUGUCUCAAUGGAGGAAUGUGUGCGGAUGGCGUGAAUGAGUAUACAUGCACGUGUCCCGCAGGGUUUUCAGGCUAUAGCUGUGAAACCAACGUUGAUGAGUGCAAAUCAAACCCUUGCCAAAAUGGCAGCAGUUGCAAAGAUGCAAUCAAUGGAUUCAUCUGCAAAUGCCCAGCGGGAUUUACAGGACCAAACUGUGAGACUGAUAUAGACGAGUGUACCCCUAAUCCGUGUAAGAAUGGUCUUUGUUUCGAUGGUAUAAACAGUUUCACUUGUAUGUGUGGUUCUGGUUUUGCUGGUCUCACCUGCGAAAUCAACAUAAACGAAUGUGCCUCCAACCCUUGUAAGAACGGCGCAACUUGCACCGACGAUAUUGACAUGUACAAAUGCAAUUGUUUAGCGGGAUAUAUUGGUUUGCAUUGUGAAUCCAAUGUCGAUGAAUGUUCAUCUAAUCCCUGUGGUAGCGGAGGUACCUGCUUGGAUGGUGUAAACGGAUACACGUGUAACUGUCCAGUUGGUUAUACAGGGACUAUAUGCCAGACAGACGUCAAUGAAUGUGCGUCUAACCCCUGCAGCAAAGGACUGUGUCUCGACGGAAUUGACAAUUUUACUUGUCUCUGUCCAGCUGGAUAUGCGGGACCAACCUGCCUGAUAGACAUUGAUGAAUGUUCCUCCAACCCGUGUUUAAAUGAUGGUACAUGUGUGGAUAAAGUGGACGGAUACACAUGUAUUUGUCCUGUUGGUUACAGUGGAUACACGUGUGGAGUAUUACUAACUACCAGUACCACCACGACUCUGUCCACCACGACUGUUACAAAGGCGACAAAACAUCCUUGCGAUCCGAACCCAUGCCCAGAAAAAGAACCAGGACAACCAAUGAUUUGUCAACCUUUUAACGGGGGCUAUGAAUGUAUUCGACCCAAUGGCAUGGGGGGCAUGAUAGUGCUGUUCUUAGCAGCCAUGAUUCAAAACGUCCACUACGUUUGGCCCGAGGCUGGGAAUGAAGGCUGGUCCAACCCAUGUCAGCAUGGGUCCACUUGCGCUCCGAAGCUUGGGGGCUACAACUGCACCUGUCCGGCCACCCACAAGGGAACCCAUUGUCAAACCCGUGUCAACCCUUGCACCAGCUCCCCCUGUCUUCAUGGCGGACGCUGUAUCACACAGCUCGAUGGGACCUUCAAUUGCACGUGCCCUAAGUUGUGGACCGGGACCCGCUGUGAGCGAUGCCUGUGUAAGAACGGAGGUAGAUGUGACUACAGUCCCACUGACGGCCACGUGUGUCGCUGCCAAGCUGGGUUCAUCGGGAAGAAGUGUGAGACUGAGGAAAAUGAGUGCAACAGCUAUCCAUGCUGGUAUGGCACAUGUAUUGACUUGGUUAACGACUAUAAAUGUGCCUGUGACCCUGGCUACACAGGCAAAGACUGUAACGUCAAGUCUGGCAGUUUGAUUGGGUAA